CCGGUAGCAAUUACGUGUUGACAACAAUAAGUAGAGCCUUCGACCGUACGGACGCCGCAGUGUCCCUGGCGCCCGCUCGCAUGCACCGCGUAUGCGUGUACCUUUCGUCGUUCUCCCAUCUGCACUUCAGAUACCAUGGUCAAACCCGCAAAAAAGCGUAACGAGGUGCUGGAUGAAAUCCUCGCCGAACUAGGCAGCUUCGGCAAAUUUCAGGCGCGCAACUAUGCUCUUAUCUGCUGCGCUGUGCUCUUUUGCGCGGCUUACACCGUCACUUACAUCUUCUCGGCAGGAAUAGUGCAUCACCGGUGUUUGGUGCCCGAGUGUGGCGAAAGCGUUGACAACGCGACUUAUGAUACACCUUGGCUGCAUGAUGCUGUGCCUUUUGACAAAGAGACCAAGGUUCCCUCCUUCUGCAGAGCUUACGACUCGAUUGAAAACGCGACUGACCAAUGCAGUUUUGACUCGGAGUUGACGCACGAGUGCAGUGAGUUUGUUUUCAAAGGACCGCAAAUCACAAUCCAACAAGAAUUUAACCUGACAUGUCACAGAAACUCGUGGAAGCUGGCAUUUGUAGGCAGCCUGAACAAUGUCGGCCGUUUGGUUGGACUUCCGGUCCAUGGAUAUAUUUCAGACAGAUUCGGGAGAAGAACGUCGCUUAUAGUAACAAUGGUUGGCUCUGGAAUAUUUGGAAUUGUGCGGACUUUUGCGUGGAAUUACGAGUCUUUCUUGACGUUCGAAUUUCUUGAGGCCUUCUUCUCAGGAGGAAUCUAUGCCGUCGCUUUCAUUCUAGCGAUGGAAAUGGUCGGCCCUGGCAAACGAGUGAUGGGGGGUGCUGUGAUCGUUUGGUCGUUCGCCCUGGGCCAGGUCUUUUUGGGCCUAAUGGCCUGGUGGCUUCCGAACUGGAGGACAAUGACUAUGGCUAUUUACACUCCGUCUCUUCUCUUCAUAUUUUACUUUUGGCUGAUCCCUGAAUCGCUAAGAUGGUCAAUGUCCAAUGGCAAAUACAGUGUGGUUCGGAGAGUUCUGGAAAAAGCAGCUAGCUUAAACAAAGUUAAGUUCAGUGAACCCUUGCUGACCGAAAUUAAUACCUGGGUUGAUGGACAAAAGGAAGAAGAUAACAACGGUGCAGAGGAUGAUAAACCACUGUCAUUCAUUGCUGCAAUGAAAGAAGUGUUCACUUCAAAGGUGUUGGUCCUCCGUCUGCUCAACUGCUACCUCUGCUGGGUAACAAACACUCUGGUUUACUAUGGUAUGUCCCUCAAUUCGGUGUCUUUGGCCGGCACCGACAACGAGUACAUCAACUUCAUCCUUGUCAGUGUGGUCGAAGCACCAUCUUACAUUUUCGCCUGGUAUGGAAUGAGCCGAUUCGGCCGCAGAAAGUCUUUGUGCACCGCCCUGCUCCUCAGCGGAAGCUGCAGCUUCGGCAGCUAUUUUAUCCCAAAAGAGAGCAACGUGCUUCGAGUGAUUUUGUACAUGACCGGCAAAUUCGCAAUCACCGCCGCCUUUGACUCGCUCUACGUAUUCACGGCGGAAAUUUUCCCGACCAAGCUAAGGACCAGUCUGCUUUCGUCCUGCUCCAUGGUCGGUCGCCUCGGCUCCAUCAUGGCCCCCCAAACACCACUUCUGGCGGAAAUUUCACCGCUUCUGCCGCUGGGAAUUUUCGGCGCGUUUGCUUUGACGUCCGGCGUGUUGACUUUGUUCCUGCCUGAAACGCUUGGGAAAUCUCUACCCGAUUCCAUCGAAGAGUCAAAGAACAUUGGCAAGGAAAAUGGCAAUUCUAACUGCAACGGUACGAACAAAGUCGUGCCCACGAUUAUCCUUUCGAGAGUAGAAGACGAGACCAAUAAAUCAAGCUAACACCGUUAAAAUUGACUAAUUAUGUAUAUUUAUAUGAAUAUGUUGAAAUUUCACAAAUCAUGUAAAAAGAGAAAUAAAAAAUGCGUCUAUUUUUACAGAGGA